CUUACAUAUAUUUCUUUUUUUUUUCUUACUUACCUUCUCUUACUUUAAAAAUCUUUUUCGUCUUGUACACAUACACAAGAAAAAAAAAAAUGACUUCAACCUCCGUACGAGUUGCUCUGAGAGUAAGACCUCUCAAUAACAAAGAAACACUACAAAAUUGUAGUGAAUGCUUAACAACAAUACCUGACGCACCACAAAUACUCAUUGGAACCGAUAGAUCCUUUACAUUCGAUUAUGUAUUUCCAUCGAAUACUGAACAAGAAGAAGUAUUUCAAGAAUGCGCAAGUCCGCUAAUAGAUAAACUGGUGGAAGGUUAUAAUGCCACACUUUUAGCAUACGGUCAAACUGGUAGUGGCAAAACAUAUAGUAUGGGUACAGCUUUAGACGAUUCAAAUAUUCCGCCCGAACAUCAAGGAAUUAUUCCACGUGCCAUAAGAAAAUUAUUUGCUGACCUUCACGAACGAAAAGAAAAAAAUCCUUCUUAUCAAUUUGAGGUUUAUAUAUCAUUCUUAGAAUUAUAUAAUGAAGAUCUUAUAGACUUAUUAAACCCACAAAGUAGAGAAAAUAAUAAAAAAGGAAAGAAUGAUUUAAUAAUAAGAGAAGAUACCAAUGGUCAAAUACAUUGGGCUGGUGUAAAAGAAGUUAAAGUUUCAGACCCCGAUGAACUCUUAGGACAAUUACAAAAGGGUUCACUAUGUAGAACUGUCGCUUCAACAGAUAUGAAUAUGGUAUCUUCAAGAUCACACGCUAUAUUUUCCGUAAUACUGAAACAAACAAGAAUAGAAAGUUUAGAAGAAAAUAAAGAAAAUGUUGUUCCACCAGCAGAAUCUUCGGCUGCUUCAAAAGGAAAAAAUAAACAAAAAUUAUUGUCAUCAAAAGUAACUUCAAAAUUUCAUUUUGUAGAUUUGGCUGGUUCGGAAAGGUUAAAGAGAACUAACGACAUAGGUGAUAGAGCAAAAGAAAGAAUUGCAAUUAAUGGGGGUUUACUGGCCCUUGGUAAUGUAAUUAGCGUGCUUGGUGAUGAAUCAAGAAACGUCGCACAUAUCCCUUACAGAGAUUCAAAAUUAACGCGUUUAUUACAAGAUUCACUUGGUGGUAAUAGUCAAACUCUCAUGUUGGCUUGCGUCUCACCAGCUGAUUCUAAUUUUAUGGAAACCUUAAAUACACUAAAAUACGCUAAUCGUGCUCGUAAUAUUAAGAACAAAGUUAGUAUUAAUGAAAGUUAUGGUGGUAACUCUGUUGAAAUAAAUCAACUACGUGGUCAAAUAAGCAGAUUAAAGAUGGAAAUUCAAACUUUACGAGCUGGUGGUUGUAAUGAAGAAACAAGUCGUAAAUAUGAAGAAGAAAUUAAGAGUCUAAAAAGAGAAUUAGAAAUGACAAAAAUGAAACUUCAAAGUGUUGAACAAGAGCUUAUCUCUGCAAAUGCUGAAAAGAACACUCUUUUAAUGGAAAUUAGUUUUAAUGAUCAAGAUCUUUCAGAUGCUGAUCGUGAACAUAGGAUUAAGACUCAUCGUAUCGUUCAAGGUUAUGAAUCAGAAAUUAAAAAUCUCAGAGAUCAAAUUUCCGAACUUUUAACUGCUCAAGCUACUCAUCAUCAUCCACAUAAAUCUUCCUUUGCUGGAACAACACCGGGAAGAGAGAAAGGUCGUAUCAAAUUAUCUGAUCCUCAUAUCUUUUCAUCUGAUGAAGAUAUUUAUCAUCAAAAUAAUGAUAGUGAUAGUAAUAAAGAGAGUGAUGAGAAGAAAGGUGAUGAGACUUCUACUAAAAUCUCACCUGUUGGUCCUUCAUCAUCUCAUCAUCAACUUGAACAUGUUAUAAAUGAACAAAAUUUGGAAGCUAAAACCUUAUUCUCACAAUAUAAAGAAGAUGAAGAAAACAUUGAGGAUGAUGAUGAAAAUUUGGAUGGUGAAUCGUUCAAAUUUACUCGAAAAUUAAGAAGACGUAGUAAGACCAGAGAUAAGCUCGAAAAGGCCAAGGAACAACUCAGACAAAGUUACAUGAUAAUAAAGAAUGGAGGUUCUUUACAUGAUGAUCCUAUUUUAAGUCAAUUAAUAAAACAACCUUCAUCAACCAAGAGUGAAAGUUAUAUUGAUCAAAUGAU